CCAAGAAGCAGAGAACAUUUCAAGUGGUGGAUCCUUGGGCAGUGAAGGGCGGUAAGGAGGUGCUGCUGGUUCUGGAUGGCACCGCAGGCUUCAACAUGCUGCCUCAGGCGCGGGAAUUCAACCAGCUGAGUCUUCUCUCCGCUUCCGCUCCCUCUACCCU